GUAGAAUUAUAGCGAGCAAGCUUUUUCAUUCUGUUAACAGUGAGUCGCAUAAAUAUUGUUACACAUGAUUGGAAGAAGGAAUCGAUGAUAUGCAAACGUUCGUUGAAUUGGACAAUUAUUGGCUAAAACUUCGAACCAAAGUGAUUAAAUUAAUCCAACGCAUGCAGAAGGAAAUAUUGGACGAUACAGUUAUUGAAGAAACAUUGGAAAAUGAAAGCGACGAACCGAACAAUAACGGUAAUCAACAUAAAUGUAAUUUUUCAGCGCACUCCAAACGGCAAAGCGAUUAUGGAAAUUUUAAAAAAGGGGCAAAAACCAAAUGACAUAUGUCUAACUGCCAUUAAGCGCAUCCUCUGCGAAUAUCUCAAAUCUAUGUAUGGAUUGCGCCCUUCCGCUUUUCACAAAAAUCUCCUGGCACAAAGUCUUGUGAACACGUACCCUCAACUGGCAUCAUCAACUCCAGACGUUCCACAGGCACUCUGGUUUCAUCCCAACGGACGGGGACAACAUCGUCACAGCGGACGUCUUCACUACCACAUGGAGUAUUUAGCACGGGUAUCAGGAGUCAGAGUCGUCAAUCGUUGAUAUGAAUGCAGUGAUUAAAGAAUUGAAGUUCCUGUGUCCUGGACCGAACACGAAACUUCGGGCAGAAGAGCUCUGGUCUAUGACAAUCGAUGAACGCAACGAAAUGCGUCGAAAGGGUUCAUUCGAUUGUUACCAGCUAGAUUACCCCGUAUCAACCGCGUUCAAUGGGUCUAUGAUUUCAAUGGAGUUUCGAGCGAUGUAUCCUAAUGCACAGGAUUUCGAUGAGCGGCUUUCAAGUCUUCAAUCGAAAGUUUUGACACGGUAUUAUGAUCUACUUGGGCAUAUAAAGAAUGAUUUUAUGCGAACACUUUGUAUUAUACGUCAGAAAAGUCCAAGUCGAGGUGCUAAGCGGGCUCGUGAUGCUGAUCCAACGAAGGAAAACGCUUUAAAAGGAAUAAUAGAAUGGAUAAAACCGGAGGUCCCAUUCCCAUCUAAACAUGAUUCUCCUAUACUGUACAUUAAAGGAAACCUUUUUGAAGUUGGUUCAAGUGCUGCAAUCAUAUGGAAACAAAGUACCAUUAUGCUGAAUCCGGAAAUGGAACACUGUUUUCGUAUUUUAUGUGAAUCGUUUGUGGUCUUCAACGCUGUUUGUCAGCCGACUGAUAAGCAGUUUUACACGUUUGUAUCGUACGUUUUACUUGGUAUUGGCCACCUAACUACAACUGGCGAGCGAUUGAUGCAGAGCAUUGAAUAACUCAUUUCGUCCUCAUCCAUU